AUGAGGUGGCAUGAAGAUGAGCGCUCAAAAGAUGGAAAAAUGAGACACCCUGCUGAUGGUGAAGCUUGGAAAGACUUUGAUAAAUGCCAUGCUAAUUUUUAUAUUGAGCCUCGCAAUGUAAGACUUGGUCUAGCAAGUGAUGGCUUCAAUCCAUUUAAGACUAUGAGUAUAUCACAUAGUACAUGGCCAGUCAUGAUGGUGGUGUACAACUUUCCGCCAUGGCUAUGCAUGAAACCCGAAUACACAAUGUUGUCACUACUAAUUCCUGGACCACAAUCACCUGGAAAUGAUAUUGAUGUCUAUUUGCAACCACUAAUUGAGGAACUAAAGCAAUUAUGGGAAAUAGGUGUAGAAACAUAUGAUGCCUCAAGAGAUCAAAAAUUUCAAAUGCAUGCAGCUCUUUUGUGGACAAUUAGUGAUUAUCCUAGGUAUGCUAUGUUGUCAGGUUGGAGCACUAAAGGAAGGUUGGCAUGUUCAUGUUGCAAUUAUGACACUCAUUCGUCAUACUUGAGACACAACCAUAAGAUGUGUUAUAUGAACCAUCGUGUGUUUUUACCAACAAGUCAUCCAUGGAGGUUGAAUAAGAAGUCAUUCAAUGGAAAGAAAGAACUUGGGUCUACACCAACUGUGUUAGAAGGUACUGAUAUUGUAGAAAUCUUGAAGGAUUUUAACAAUGAUUUUGGAAAGUAUAGAAAAAAUAAGAAAGAUGGUCCAUGGAAGAAAAGAUCAAUAUUUUUUGAGUUGCCCUACUGGUCACAAAAUAAAUUACGUCAUAAUCUUGAUGUAAUGCAUAUUGAGAAAAACAUAUGUGAUAAUAUUAUUGGGACUUUUUUGGGCAUUCAAGGCAAGACAAAAGAUCAUGUCAAUGCACGCUAUGAUUUACAAGACAUGGGAAUUAGAAAGAAUCUUCAUCCUUGGGAGCUUGAUGGAGGUCGUGUACAACUUAAAAGUUAUGUUCGAAACAAGGCUUAUCCUGAGGGUUCUAUUGCCGAGGGGUAUUUAGCAGAAGAAGCUUUGACACUUUGCUCAAGAUAUAUGCAUAAAGACGUAGAUACAAGAUUGAAUAGAAAAAGAAGAAAUUACGAAGGUAAUGAUUUAUGUGAUGUAGAUGUUUGUGAUUACUUUUCAAAUAGAGGUAGUGCUUUGGGUGGUAAGAAAAAAGGUAAACUAUUCUCUUUGGAUUUGACAUCUAAGGAUCAAGCUCAUCGAUACCUCUUAUUCAACUAUGACGAAAUAAACAUAUACAUCAGGAGGUUGUCAGGCUACCUCAUCAAUGGUUACAGAUUUCAUACUACAAAGAGAGAUGCUAGACGCAAAACUCAAAAUUCUGGUGUAACUUUGGUUUCAUUAACACCAAGUUAUGCAAGUUCCAAGGAUGAAAAUCCUAGGAUAGAACCCAUCACUUAUUAUGGGGCAAUCAAUGACAUAAUUGAGUUAGACUAUUAUGAGCAUUUCAAGUUUGUGAUGUUUAAGUGUGAUUGGUUUGAGAGUGAUGCAGACAAACAUGGGCUUACAUGUGUUUAUUUCAACAAAAAAUGUUACCAAAAUGAUCCCUUUGUGUUGCCUUCUCAAGUCCACCAAUGCUUUUAUGUUGAAGAUCCUUUUGAAACAAGUAAACAUUAUGUUUUGAAGACGAUUCCAAGAGAUUUAUUUAAUAUGGGUGAUCACUCACAAGUAAAUAAUUCUGAUAAUGAUGAUGAAUUCAAUUGGGUUAGGGAAGACAUGCCUGUAACAGUAGCUGAGAAACCUUAUAAAGAUUUGGAGAAAGAUUAUUCUGAUGAUCUUGAUUUUGAUGAGACUUUUUUUGACUAUAUGGACUAA